AGGGCGGUGCGCUCCCGGCUCCGCCGCAGGCUGCGCGCCCCUCCCGCCCCGGCCCCGGCCCGAGCCAUCGCUGCCGUAGUUGCUGCCGCCGCCGCCGCCAGGCCGCGCCCCGCCCCUCGCCGCCGCCGCUCCCGGGGAGGCUGCGCUCGAGCUGCGGCGCCGGCUGCAGCCGCCUGGGCCCCGGGCCCGGCUCCUCCCGCGCCGCCCGGGCGAUGAGAAGCUGCUUCUGCGUGAGACGGAGCCGGGACCCGCCGCCGCCGCAGCCGCCGCCGCCCCAGCGGGGAACAGACCAAGCAACCAUGCCUGAAGUCAAAGAACUCUCAGAAGCCUUGCCAGAGACACCAAUGGACCCCAUCACGGGAGUCGGAGUAGUGGCUUCCCGGAACCGCGCCCCGACGGGCUAUGAUGUGGUUGCACAGACAGCAGAUGGUGUGGAUGCUGACCUCUGGAAGGACGGCUUAUUCAAGUCCAAGGUUACCAGAUACCUGUGUUUCACGAGAUCAUUUUCCAAAGAAAAUAGUCACUUGGGGAAUGUGCUGGUGGACAUGAAGCUCAUCGAUGUCAAGGACACAUUGCCUGUGGGUUUCAUCCCUAUCCAGGAGACGGUGGACACACAGGAGGUGGCCUUCAGGAAGAAGAGGCUAUGCAUUAAAUUUAUUCCUCGAGAUUCAACCGAAGCUGCCAUCUGUGACAUCCGCAUCAUGGGCCGGACCAAGCAGGCACCUCCCCAGUAUACAUUUAUUGGGGAACUGAACAGCAUGGGCAUCUGGUAUCGCAUGGGCAGAGUGCCAAGAAACCACGACUCGUCUCAACCCACCACACCCUCACAGUCAUCAGCCGCUUCCACCCCAGCCCCAAACCUUCCCAGGCACAUCUCACUAACACUGCCAGCUACCUUCCGAGGCAGAAACAACACCAGUGCCGACUAUGAGUACCAGCUCUCCAAUCUGUAUGCCAUUUCAGCAAUGGAUGGUGUGCCUUUUAUGAUUUCAGAGAAGUUUUCCUGCAUCCCAGAAAGUAUGCAGCCUUUUGAUCUCUUGGGAAUCACCAUCAAGUCCCUGGCAGAAAUUGAAAAGGAGUAUGAGUACAGUUUCCGCACAGAGCAGAGCGCAGCAGCACGGCUCCCACCCAGCCCCACACGGUGCCAGCAGAUCCCCCAGUCCUGAGGAGCCCACAGCCUCCUGGGGGAGAAGACGUCUCCUACCCGGUGCCCAGACUACUGAUGGGGUGGCUGGGGUGAGAGCUACUCCCUCUCCCACCUACCCAUUCUGCUUGACCUCCCCACUGACCAAGAGACUCGGGGCAGCUGUGUGAGCAUAUAUGGUCAUCAGCUUGCCUGACGAAGACUCCUGCCUCCCUGGGAACGUUGUUCAUAAUUGUGACUAAUGUAUGUGCUGUUAGUGACCAGAGGCUCCUAGCACACCUGUGUGAUGACCACUUAUCCCACAAAGAAAGAAAACCCCUUCCCUGCCUGGAGUCACCCAUGAGGUCCUGGGCAUAUGCUCCAAAAGCCCAGUGAUGCCCCCUGGCUCCCUCCAGCACCCACUCUAAGAAUCCCACAAAGCCACUGUCCCUCCUGGAAGACUCCAGGGCUGACUGCUUCACACAAGACCCUGAAGAUGUACUCAUCAUCUCUGACCCAGGCUACCGGGAACAAGUUCCCCUGCUCAACAAGCUCAAGUGGCCCAUGCAUUUCAUGAUGAAAACGGGACUCUGCUUCACCCCAGACAACUGUGGACUCUUCCCCCAAUGCACACACUGGAUGUCCAGAGCACACAGAAGGGAACCCGCUUUCUGUGGAGGUGACUGGGUGCCUACCUGAAUGGAGAUUUGGCUGCUAGGGUGCUGUGCCUGGCCACAGCUCCACUCCCCACAAAGGGCUCAUUAAUGGAGCUUACACCUGCCAGCAACAACUCCAUAUGCCCGGUGCCCUGACCUGGUGGCAACAGACACAGAGCAUGCUCUGAGAGGCGUGGUGCCCAGCCCUGCCUGCAGGGACAUUGUACAAGGGCACCAACUCUCAGCCAGGCCCACCAACAGUCUAGAAGGCACCUCCUACCAGUGAUCUGCUGUUUUGAGAAGUUCCUCUGUCCUGGGCCUAUGAAUUUGGGCUAGAACAUUUCACAGGUGUCCAUCUGAGGUGCCAAGUUCAACUCCACAUCUGUGGCCAUGAAAACAGUGGUCACUGCUGUCCCAGCUCUCAGCCUCACCAUGACAUGCUGCUUUGCCAUAUUGGCUAUUAGGGUUUGUCUGGCAUUGGUCCCGAGUGUCUGUGGAUGUGACGGUGUGCACAGUGGCCAGUGGCCAUAGGCAACUACAUGCCAGCUGUACGAACCUCUCCAGUUACAGCUCCAGAGACAGCCACGGGCAGCUGAGUGGACAGGGUGCAGAAGGGCCAGGAGCAAGAACCAGCCAACAAGAUGGCAUGAGUCAGGGCAGGGCCAAAAAUACCUCACCAACCUCCAUCAGCCCCUCAGCUCCAGCUCCUCGGGCCCUUUGUGGUCCACCCCCGUCCUGAUGGUACUUCAUUUUUAUGUGUCUCGAAUGGUCAUCUCACCUCCUUGUCUCAGAUUUGAGCAUACCCUCUGGGGUACCCAUCAACCCCCUGCCUCUGGGCCCUACAGCCUCCAGGCAGCACAGGCUGUGAAAGGUGGUUAGCUCAUCUGCCGGUGCCCCAGAGUCCUGUGGGGUCAAAACCUAGUGCCAAGCUGGUGCUCAACAGAGCUGAUGAACUGUGCCGCAGACAGCUCCACAAGUGUCUACUGCUGCUGGGGUAACGCCUGUGUGACCUGGGGCCCAACAGAGGGGGCAACCACUCAGUCUGAGUUAAAUGGAAAGGUUGGGGAACAAAGCUCCAGGGUUUCCCGGCCUCUUAAGCUUGUGCACAUUGUCUUACCACCCCCUAGUUUUGAAAUUGUCCUCACCAGGUGAUGCCAGGUGGCCCUCCCCACUUCCUUUGAUGGAGAAUGUGGCUUCCCUGCAGCUUUUACAGGCCCUGGAAGUUCAAAGAUUAAAAUGGUGGACCCUUUGUCAGUGGUCAAAAAGGCCAAGUGAAGAGGUCCCUGGAGAAAGGACGAGGGCUCGGCAGCCCACUCAUACACCCCACGGGACCCAGCCACAGGACCCAGCCAUGGGGAAGAGGACAAAUGCGUGCUCUGAGCUGGAGCAAUCUCGGGACAUUGCAGAUGUAGUUUCAGAAUAACCUUGACUGUGAAUGUUGUAGCAUCAACAGCUUCUAGCUUUUGAAGUGUUGAGGACAACUUGGUGUCUGUGGUAGGUUUUAGGUUGCACCCAAUCCCUGGUUUCUUGUCUUCUGGCGGAGGUACUGGUGGUGUGCACUUGGCACAGGCCCAGACCUGGGAGGUGGGGCUGCGGCUCACAGCACCGAGUGGCCUUUUGUGUAUGGUGUGGAACACUUUUCUGCACCACACCCUAGCCGCUGUGAGAUGAGCACACAGAGUUGUUGGGAGACACGAAGAGCUGCAGCCUCUGCCUUGGGUCUCCCCCCUCCCCACCAGCAUGUCCCAUGACUGCCGCUGUCCCUGCCAAGCACACACGUCUCCCUUGAAAAAGCUAAUCAGAGCACAGCACCCUACCCUACGGUCCCCCACACUGAAAAGUUGCUUCCUUCCUAAGGGCCUUGGAAAUGGCACACAGGUGAUAGGCAGGGAGAGGUGGGCUCCAGGCUCACUUGCAAAAUUAUAAGGCCAAGUUGAAGAAUCUGUGUCAACCCCACUCGCCUCGGGAAAAGGACAGGUUAGAGCCGUCAGUGUUCUUGCUGGUGGUCAGUGCCAUGUGGCCAUUCUGCAGGAAGAAGCUGAAGCCCCUCAGUCAGAAGGACAAAGGGGACUGAGAUAUGAGCACACCCUCUUCCUUCACUGGGCACUAGACUUAGCAGUCUUAAGCACAUUUCCUGUCACCCCCAAACAAGUCCAGCAUUGGGUGCUCUUUGUCUCUGUCACAUGAAGAGUCUGAAGCAUGUCUGUAAGUUUGGCAGAGUCAGAACCUGACCCCAAAGCCCCUGGGCCAACCAUCUGGCCUUUGUGCCCAACCCUGUGAUGGGCUUUGUUUUGCUAUGGAGUCACCACACCAUGGCAGUGGGUUCUGGACAUGGGUCAGACUGAGACCUGUCCUGCACCCAUGACCCCAGGGACCACAGCCUGUGAGCACCCUCUCGCUGCAUUCAUAGCAAAGGGACUUGGUGUGCAUCGAGCCUUGAAGUGCUGAACUCACAAAAUUUGUUUGCAUCCUUUGACCCCCAGAGCCCAAUGAAGAAGCUAGGCCCUCAUUCCUGUACCCAGCUCCCUCUAGGAGGCACAGCACAUCAGGGCGGCCCACCUUUCUUCCCCUGCUCCAGGUGUAAACCGCUGAGCAGCUGCAGCCAUCAGCACCCAUCCAGGCUUUGUCUCCCUUUAAAGGCUCAUGAGCUGCUGGGCCACUAUGUGGCUCUGGGACAAGGACCUUAGGCACAGCUGCCUUCCUGUGUAUUUAUUCAAGGUGACUUCUUGGCAAAGGGAGGUUUCACUGUGUGAUUGUAUUCUUAAUAUAAUUUGUUAAAUAAAUGUUUGUUUUAACCUCUU